AUGAUUUUAAGGGAAUCAUUAUUACAAAAAUCCAAGAGACUUCGAUUUAAGUUCACGUAUAAAUUAAAUGAGAUGCUAGAAAACAUAGAGCAAAUCAUCCAGACUUUUCAAACAAGAGUGGAUUCCUUACAAAAUGAUUGGAAUGUUUUGAGCGAUGCAGUAACUGAUGAUAAUAGCCCAAGUGUGAGUAGCCAGAUAUUUCUGCUUAAAUCCAAAUUGGAUUUAAUUCAGCAACAGCAUACCAGUAUUAUCGUUGAUUUGGGGAUGAUAAAGACCCAUUUUCUACCUCAGGAAGAGGACCUCAAUAAUCAAUUUUUAACUGAAGAAAACCACGAGUCAUUGUCUGAGAAUAAAGAAAACCGGGUCCCAAUUUUAGACGAAGAUGACGAGGAAGAGGAAGAAAAUGGGACGGAAAAUGGAAGCAUUUCCCUUCGAAUCCCAAAAAUAUUCAAAGAAGAAUUCAAGAAUGAAGUUCUUUUCAGCAAUUCUAAUAAAGAAUCAAUAAGCUCAAUGCAACAAAAUGCGAAAUAUAAAGUGCUGAAGUCUCUGUAUCAAAACAAAUCCAAAAUAACUUCUUCUUCUUCUUCUUCCCCCAAGGACAUUUCCAAUUUUGAUAAUUAUCAAUUGGUUAUGAGUGAUUGUCCAAAGAGUGUUCAUGACUUAUAUCAAGAGUUUUACACAGACACAAAAGUUCAAAUCAUGCAUUUUGAAGAGAAGUACGGCGUCGGGCAGUUGUCAAAGCUUCCUAAGCUACGCACAUACCAACGCCGGAAUGCUUUGGUAAAUGCCAUCAAUAAAUACGCCAAAGGGAAAGGAAUAGGAAUUGAUGAAGCCAUAGAUCACUUUCAAGGAAUUGUAAACGAAAAUGAAAAAACUAUACCCUGGUUAUACAAUAACCUAGCAAAAAUUUUGGAGCGCUACGGCAUUGUACAGUGA